UUUUCGUCUCGCUAACAACAACAACAAGAAAAUGUUGCUAUCGUGCCCCUUGUGCUGCAAGCCCCAUUUUCCAGGGGUAGAUUCGUUACGGAGCAGUUUAGUGAGCGUCGCCACGGCCCCAUUGACUUGUCCAGUGUGUCAGGAGGUAUUGAAAGGUUUGGACAAAUUGACUAUUCAUUUAUUCGGUCACGUGAAUAGUCAGCAGAUAAAAGAAGAUAGUGUUAAAAGUAGGACUGUUUGUGUUGAUAAUGAGAAAGAUUGCGAUGAAAGUAUUGAUGAAGAAAUUGUUAGGAUUUGUACGAGGACGGUUCAAGACCCAGUUACUAUCGAUAUCGCCAAACAACCGGAAGAUCCGGCCCCGAAAGAUCCAUCACCGUCCAAUUUAGAUAAUGACAAUAUAAUCUCUUGCGACAUAUGCAGCUUCACUUUUACGGAUAAAAAUAUUUUAGAAAUGCAUCAAAAGUUGUUGCACCAAACGUCUCCGGACGAGAAAACUGGAAAAUACAGCUACCACUGUCACUUGUGCAGCAAAAGGUUCAGGAUGAGAGGGAGUUUGAUGGUACAUCUUAGGGUGGCUCAUUACGGAUUCAGUAAUCGUAUCGAUUUGCCGCAACGUUUAUUAGAUAGCGAAGAUUCGGACAAAAGCCUUAAAGAAGUUGAUGCUGCUAAUAAGAGUGUUUUGAGACCUCAAGACUGUAAACAGUGGAGCUGCGACGUGUGCGCAAAAAUGUUCACCACGAAAUACUUCUUGAAAAAACACAAAAGACUGCACACAGGCGAAAUGCCCUAUUCCUGCACGAUAUGCCAGAAAUCGUUCACUUUUCAACAAUCCUACCACAAGCACAUGCUCUAUCACUCAUCAGAAAAGCCUUACGUUUGCAACGAGUGCGGCAGAGCAUUCAAAGAGCAUUCCACUUUACAGAAUCACGCCCGAAUACAUUCGGGAGAAAGACCUUUUGGAUGCGAAAUAUGUGGAAAACGUUUCCGUCAAAGAGUCUCCUACUUAGUCCACAUGCGAAUCCACACUGGAGUGAUGCCCUACAAAUGUACCGAAUGCAAUAAAAGUUUCCGAUAUAAAGUGAGCCAAAGAUCACACAAAUGUCCUCCUGGAUCAGUCGUAAAAGUAAACGAAGAUCCACCUAAUCCAGCACCAAAAUGUAUCAUGUCGGUUGAUUACGAUACUGGCAAUAUCAAUCUUAUACCUGGAAAUCAAGAAUUAAUAAUAUUACAAAAUAAUGAUAAUAAUAAUGCUGUAGAUAUUUACAAUGUUGCUCAUUUGUCUCCAAUAUUGCCCGAAGUAGAGUCGUUGUGCCUCAAUAAUAAUUCACCGGCAUCGCCCAGCGAAGAGAAUAUUCAGAUUAUAAGGGAAAAAUGUUUGGAAGAGUUGUUUAAAUAAAGUAUUUUUGGAUAUUGAUUUUGUUUAACGUUUGCAGGAGAGUUUUAAAACAGUUUCAACUUACAAUAAAACAAAUACUCUCAUAUAUUUUUCAUCCAUUUUUUGUGUCUUAAACAGAGAAAUUUUUUAUCUCUUCUUCUUCUUACAUUUUUCCAGAAUCUUUUUUUCCUUAACAUCUUCCUAAUCAA